UGUUGAUGGGUUAUUUACUGGCUUCCAUUAGGUACAAUUUAAAAUUGUACAAAUGUAAACAAAAAACUUUUUUUUUCCUUGCUCUUUAUUUUGGUUUAUUUGAUGGUGAGCUUUAACACAAGUAACUAUAAAACUAUAAAAUGAGGUCAGCAACACUGCAAUAGACUAUACCGCCCACACGCAUGCGCACUCCACCGCCUCAUAACACACGGAUCUGUUUACUCAUUCGCUCAGAAAAAUAAAUUCUUAAGAAAACACGUUACCGUUGCAAAUUACUGUCUAUUUAUGAAAAAAUAAAUUAAGCGUUAGCUUAUCGCGUUCUUCGACUGUCAUAAUACACACAUUGGGGUAUAUAACAUUUUCGACAUUUCAAAUCUCUCGUACUGAUAUUUUGUUUUCAAUCGUCCACAGUAAAUCGCCUCACAGGAAUGUCUCUUCACUUCCGGUUAGACGGCGAAGUUUGGAGUUCUUGAGUUUCUCGACACAAACAGAAGCAAACCUGGCUUUUCCGGGGCUAGCAUUCGUGGGCCAAGACAGAAUGUCUUUGGUGGACCUCGGCAAAAGGCUGUUGGAAGCAGCCAAGAAGGGUGACACGGAUGAAGUGCGCACCCUGAUGUCCAGUGGGGCUCCCUUCACCACAGACUGGUUGGGCACGUCACCAUUACAUUUUGCCUCACAAAAUGGACACCUGGCGACAGCAGAGGUUUUGUUGCGGGCAGGCAUCAGCCGAGAUGCUCGCACGAAAGUUGAUCGCACACCGCUUCACGUGGCGGCACAGGCUGGUCAUGUGGACAUCGUGGAAUUACUGUUGACCCAUCAGGCUGACCUGGAAGCCAAGGAUAUGUUAAAGAUGACCCCACUGCACUGGGCCACAGAGAAAGGCCACCCCCCUGUGAUAGAAAUGCUGGUAAAACAAGGAGCUCAGAUACAUGUGGAAAAUAAGUUUGGCAAAUCUCCUUUGGACAUCGCUGGAGACAAAGGUCGACUUGAUUUGAUCGGUCUGCUGUCUCAGAAUGGGGAGAUAACUGUUGCUGCCAACUCUGUGGUAGAAGAAGUGACAGCGGAGGAGAUACUCACCGAACACAUUCCUCAGGACACAGACACGAUCAUCACAGAAGUGGAGACGGAGACGUUAACAGAAGUUCCGGUGUCGUUACACAGCUCGAUCCCCACAACUAUAGGUGCUGUGCCCAUUAGAGUGGUCCAAAAUGAUCACAAGCCCUCCAUCAGCGUUUCAGAGAGCUCUGAGCAGAGUAGUACGUCUGUCCUGGCGACUUUGGCUGCUCUGGCCGAGGCGACAGCGCCUCUGGGGAACGCAUCUCUGGCCACAAGUACGACAGACGCUAUGAAUUUGUUGGAGAAUCACGGAAUCACCAUGAUUUCGACAAAUGAUGGGAAUAUUCUGGCCUCAGCUGUGGAGAGUGGACAAAGUAUUACACUAACAGAGGCUGGAAAGUUGGCUAUCAACCUGAUCAAGCAGCAGGCCUUGCAACAGGGGUCAGAGGUCACCCCUGAGGUCAGCACAGAGGUCACAGAGGAGACAGUGGUUGAGGGUUAUGAGGAGGAGGAAAUCGCCAACUCACAGUACGUGUAUGUGCGUGUUUCAGAAGUGAUAGCCAUCGUGACAGACCAAGAGCCAGACUCUAACACAGUGGUUGUGGAGGUUCAGGAAGAGACUGCAGAAGUCCUGACAGAGGUCAAUGCUUCAGGGGAUGGAAGCUCUGAGGAACCAGCAGUGAAGAAGUUAAAGUUGGAGACAGAUUCGGGUGAAAUAAAUAACUUAAUGCUCCAGGUCAAACCGGAGGGGGUGAAGGAGCCAAUGAAAGACGACCUCAGAAAACAGCUGGAAGAAGUGCAGAGACAAGCAGAGGAAUACAAACAACAGUUGCUGGAGAAAGAGGCAGAAACAGAAGAGUACAAGAAACGGCUCAGUGAACUCACCCCCACGAAAAAAGUCCAUAGCAAAGGGCCAACUCUAACCGCCCCAAAAUUCAACGGUAUAAACUCCAGCAUACAUACAAGAUUGGGAGGAUUUGACCAUUCACAGGAGCGGAAAAAUGCAAGCCAUGAUAACUGGGAAGUUAUCGCCAUGAUAACUGGGAAGUUAUCAAGUUCAAAAAGGUGGACAAGGGUGACAAAGUCAUUGAAUCGAAAGGUGGUGAGCAUCAGCUUUGAUCAAGCUGUCUCCACCAGACUAGGAGCGCAUUCUUGUCACAGUUGUGGAUGUUCUGUAAAGUCACAGCUGCAAUCAAGGGCAGAGGGAACCUGUUCAGUACAUGUUCUGUCUGUUCUGACUUGACGAUAGACGUUGAAGCCGGAACAGUGAUGUGACAACAUUUACACAUCGCGAGGGCUCCCGGUUUGGUACUAAACAAGGCUGCGAAUAGGUUGUCAUUUACUUGAUGGCACUUGUAAUGAAGUCUGAAAUGAUACGGAACCUGGAGGGAACAUAGGGAUUAAGGCAAAGAAGGUAUCUCACAUCUCAAGGAAAGUAGAUUGACUAAUUUUUUUUUAGAAUCUUUCUUGGCUUAGUAAACUGCAUUAGAAACUUUUGCUUUUACACUGCUCUUUUCCAAUCAUGUUGGGACCAGUGGCAUCACAUCAGGAUUUUACCACUGUGCUACACAUUUACUCAUUGGAAAAAUUUGGAAAAAUAAAUUGAA